GGGAACUAUGACUUAAUUUUGUUUCCGCGAAAAUUUUGGCAAGCGGUGCCAAAGAAGUUUAUUUUGAAAGACUGUAAAUAUAGUAUUUAUUCGUUUAAAUGGCUUCUCCAGCUCCAAAAUCGCCAGAGCAAUCCGAAAGGAGCAGAAAAUAUGACAGACAAUUAAGGUUAUGGGGCGAUCAUGGACAAGCCUCUCUCGAAGCAGCCCAUAUUUGUUUAAUAAAUGCCACUGGUUUGGGCACAGAAAUAUUGAAAUCUUUGGUUUUACCUGGAAUCGGAGCAUUUACAAUUAUCGAUGGCAAAAAAAUCACUGACGAAGACAUUGGAUCCAACUUCUUUCUGGACUCUGAAAGCGUUGGAAAGUCGAGAGCCCAGGUUGCAACACAAAUGCUCUUAGAAUUAAAUCCCGACGUCAGAGGCGAUUAUAUCGACGAAGGUCCGGAACAAAUUCUACAAAACAGUCCUGACUUUUUCAACACCUUCACAGUUGUCGUUGCUACGAACCUCCUGGAAAAGCCUCUAAUUUUGCUUUCGAGGAAAUUGUGGGAUCUAAAUAUUCCCCUAAUCGUCUGCAGAUCGAUAGGAUUUGUAGCCUAUAUGAGAGUUCAGGUGAAAGAACAUACCAUAAUCGAAAGUCAUCCAGACAACGAAGUUUCGGAUUUGCGACUAGACAAGCCCUUUGAAUUACUGGAGAAGCAUCUCGAUUCGAUAAACCUCGAUGAGUUGGAUGUGAAGGACCAUUCACACACACCUUAUGUCGUUAUUCUUUACAAAUUUCUGAAAAGAUGGAUGGAGGAGCAUAAUAAGUUUCCUAGUACCUAUAAGGAUAAAGAAUCGCUGAGGAAAAUUAUUAGAGAAGGGAUAAGAAGAGACGAAUACGGAAACCCAAUUGACGAAGAGAAUUUCGAAGAGGCGAUCAAAGCGGUUAAUACUUGCAUCAGACGUACCAUUGUGCCUGCAUCUGUAAUGGAUAUUUUAAACGACGAGCGCUGUGUAAAUCUAACUGCAAAAAGCAGUUCCUUUUGGAUCAUAUUGAAGGCUAUAAGAGAUUUUAUAGAUAAUGAGGGAAAUGGGCUUCUUCCACUCAAAGGGGCUUUACCAGACAUGAUCGCUGAUACAGAAAAAUAUAUUGCCCUUCAGCAAGUAUAUCAUAAGCAAGCGGUUACUGACGUAGAAGCUGUUUGGCGAAACACAAUUCGAUUGCUCAGACAACUAGGACGUCCAAUGGAUUCCAUAACAGAAAAAGAAGUGAAGCUAUUCUGCCGAUACGCUUCGGAUCUUCACGUUGAGCGAGGAACCUGCAUUGCGGAUGAAUACGAUCCCAAAAUGAGUAAUGCUAAUGAAAUAGCUCAAAAAUUGGAAGAUUCGGACAGUAUGUUGGUGUAUUAUGUUGUCUUAAGAGGAAUCGAGAAGUUCCAAUUUGAGUACAACUCCUACCCUGGUGAAUUCGAUGAUCAUGUCGAACCGGAUAUUAUUAAACUAAAGUCAUGUAUAUCGAAACUCCUCGGCGAAUGGGGAUGUGGACCACUAGCGAAAGACGAUUACGUUCACGAGUUCUGCAGAUUCGGCGGGGCAGAACUCCAUUCAGUGGCUGCCUUCCUCGGCGGACUCGCCGCUCAAGAAACGAUCAAGUUCAUAACGAACCAGUACAAGCCGGUCCACAAUACCUUCAUUCACGACGCCGUCACGUCCAAUUCCGCAACUUUCUUUUUCUAACCGUCUCUCUUCUAAACUUCUAAACUUAAACGACACUAGUACGAUUGCCAGAUUGUUUCAUUAUUUUAUAAGACUGUGUUUAUUAAAUGAGUUAAUACAAA